AUGCAUCUCAUGUGCAACGUCGACGCCUCGGGCAAGCGCGCCUACACCCUCAAGAAGGUGCUGGAGGGCAAGGUGACCAAGUCGGCGCACCCGGCCCGCUUCUCGCCCGACGACAAGUGGUCAAGCCACCGCAUCACGCUUAAGAAGCGCUUCGGCCUGCUGACUGCCGAGAAGAAGGACCUCAAGGCUCUCCAGUCAUCAUAG